AUGUCUCGCAACCCGUUCGACGAUGACUACAGACCGAGUGCCGCUUCAUCCACUAUGCCUGUGAAAAGUUACACAACAAUGGGACAGCAUUCCGCUGAAGACGAAGCUGACUAUUAUGAGCGUGAAAUCGAGAAAACCCUUCAAGAGUCCCUUGACAGUACGGAACGAUCUCGUCGUCAUCUCGAAAAUUCGGAAAAAAUAGGAACGGCGACGGCCCAGCAACUCCUUGAGCAACGUGAAAAACUCGAGAAUACCGAGAAGAAUCUCGAUGAGAUCCAUCGUACAACACAAAUGACACAACGCAAUUUGAACAGUCUCAAGUCGUUCUUCGGUGGAUUCUUCAAGAAUAAAUUGUCGAAGAAACCACAGGAACCAGGAGAGGUUGCGGCUGUUCCGCAAUCGAAAUCAGCUUCUCGAUUAUCUGAAACUGCUGCAACUCUGUCAACCGGCGGAAGCUCUGCGUCAUUCUCUGGACCAUCCGGACAACGAACUCUCAAUGAAUCAAGUCGCAAUGCUAUCAAGGGAACUCGUUGGGAGGCAAUGGAUAAUCAAAUUGAUGAGAAUUUGGAUUUGAUGUCCGCAAAUCUUCGCAACUUACAACGUCUUGGACAAGAUCUUGGAAAGGAAGUUGAUGCUCAGAAUGAGAUGCUAGAUCGUAUCCAUUAUAAAGCUGAUCGUAAUGAUGUCAUUGUUAGGGAUCAAGAUAAACAGAUGCAAAGAAUUCUUGGAAGCGAUGCAUCUACUAGCCAAACCACUGCUGAAUCGUUGACACCGAGUAUGGAUACAUCCACCAAAAUGUCACUUGUGAUGAAGGCAACAUCUCUCUGGAAAUGA